AUGCCGAGCAGCUCGGACACGGAGACGCCGCGGGCCUACCGAGACGACAAGAGCGAGCCCAAGGCCUACCGGCGCCGCGCGCGCUCUCCCAGCCCGGCCGGCGCCCGCGAGGACGGCGCCCAGCGCGGCCGCAAGUCCCCGAGCAGCCCGGUGGGCGGCGGCGGCGGCGGCGGCGGCGGCAGCAGCAGCCCGUACUCGCGGCGCGGGCCGCGCUCGCCCAGCCCCUACGGCCGCCGCCGCUCGCCCAGCUACAGCCGCCACAGCUCGUACGAGCGCGGAGGGGACGUGUCGCCGAGCCCGUACGGCAGCAGCAGCUGGCGCCGCUCCCGGAGCCCCUACAGCCCGGCCGUCAGACGAUCUGCCAAGUCGAGGAGCAGAAGCCCUUACUCAUCUAGGCAUUCGAGGUCCCGCAGCAGACAUAGGUUAUCUAGGUCCCGGAGUCGCCACUCUAGCAUUUCUCCUAGCACUCUGACUCUGAAAAGUAGCCUGGCUGCUGAGUUGAACAAGAACAAGAAAGCCAGAGCCGCGGAAGCGGCCAAAGCUCACGCCAAAGCGUCUAACGCCUCGACGCCCACCAAAGUGGGAAGUGCUGACCCCGUAGGCGGAAGCGUGCCCCAAGCCAACCAUGUGAAGGAACUGAAGAAGCUCAAGGCCGAACACACGCCCUCCCCCACCAGCGGCACCAGCGGCGGGGCUCUGAAGAACGACAAGGCAAAAGCAAAGCCCCCUCUGCCGGGAGCAAAGGUGGAAAAUAACUUGAUUGUAGACAAGACCAAGAAGGGUGUGGUGGUGGGCAAAGAGAGUCAGCCGACUGUGGUGAAGGAGGAGCCAGCAGUGCUGAAAGAGAAGAGCAAACCUCGCACCCCGAGCCUGGGCACCAAGGAGAAGGAGCACCAUGGGCCCCUGGUGACCUCCACUUUACCACCUUUGCCUUUUCCUCCCCUGCUGCCUGAAGACAAAGAUGCCGACAGCUUACGUGGGAACAUUUCAGUAAAAGCAGUGAAAAAAGAAGUCGAAAAGAAGCUGCGCUGUCUGCUUGCAGACCUGCCUCUGCCCCCCGAGCUCCCAGGAGGGGACGACUUCUCCACGAGCCCCGAGGAGAAGAAGGCCUCUGCCCCGGCGCACAGUAAGAGAAGGCCCAAAAUAUGUGGGCCUCGCUAUGGUGAAAUAAAAGAAAAGGAUAUUGACUGGGGAAAGCGCUGCGUGGAUAAAUUUGAUAUCAUUGGAAUUAUUGGAGAAGGCACCUAUGGGCAAGUUUACAAAGCCAGGGAUAAAGAUACAGGAGAAAUGGUGGCCUUAAAAAAAGUCCGGCUAGAUAACGAAAAAGAAGGCUUCCCCAUCACAGCCAUCCGAGAGAUUAAGAUCCUUCGGCAGCUUACCCACCAGAGUAUUAUCAACAUGAAGGAAAUUGUGACAGACAAAGAAGAUGCUUUAGAUUUUAAGAAGGACAAAGGUGCAUUUUAUUUGGUGUUUGAAUACAUGGACCAUGACCUGAUGGGACUCCUGGAAUCAGGCUUGGUUCAUUUUAAUGAAAAUCACAUAAAGUCAUUCAUGAGACAGCUGAUGGAGGGUUUGGAUUAUUGCCAUAAGAAGAACUUUUUACAUAGAGAUAUUAAGUGUUCAAAUAUUCUACUAAACAAUAGAGGACAGAUAAAGCUAGCCGAUUUUGGACUUGCUCGAUUAUAUAGCUCAGAAGAAAGUCGACCAUACACCAACAAAGUGAUCACUUUAUGGUACCGGCCUCCAGAACUUUUGCUGGGAGAGGAGAGAUACACCCCUGCGAUUGAUGUCUGGAGCUGUGGAUGCAUCCUUGGUGAACUCUUCACUAAAAAACCAAUAUUUCAAGCCAACCAGGAACUCGCACAGUUAGAAUUGAUAAGCCGAGUAUGCGGGAGUCCGUGUCCUGCGGUGUGGCCAGAUGUCAUCAAGCUGCCCUACUUCAAUACGAUGAAGCCGAAAAAGCAGUAUCGUCGGAAACUUCGAGAGGAGUUUGUCUUUAUCCCCACAGCAGCACUGGAUUUGUUCGAUUACAUGCUGGCUUUGGAUCCUGGCAAACGCUGCACGGCAGAGCAGGCCCUUCAGUGCGAGUUCCUGCGAGAUGUGGAGCCCUCCAAGAUGCCGCCCCCAGACCUUCCUUUGUGGCAAGAUUGUCAUGAACUGUGGAGCAAGAAGCGCCGAAGGCAGAAGCAGAUGGGGAUGACCGAGGACGCGUCUUCCGCCAAGAUCCCUCGGAAAGAUCUGUCUCUGGGCCUGGAUGACAGCAGGACCAACACCCCCCAGGGCAUGCAGGCGAACUCACAACUCAAAUCUCAGGGCAGCACCAAUGUAGCACUUGGUGAAAAACAGACAGACCCACCAACACCCCAGCAGGAGUCUUCAAAACAGCCGGGAGGAGGAAUGCAGCCGUCGACUCAGCCCGUGCAGCCGAAAGUCGAGACUGACGCUGCCCAGGCAGCCGUGCAGAGUGCGUUUGCAGUUCUCCUGUCGCAGUUAAUCAAGGCCCAGCAGUCUAAGCAGAAGGAUGCAGCCAUGGAAGAGAAGGAGAAUGGAGCCGGCCACGAGCUGUCUCUGCAGCUGCGGCAGCCUCCGGAGCCCAGCCCUCCUCUACUGGGGCAAGAUGAACAUGUCAAACACGCAGAGAUGAGGAUGUUGGAGCGAACCCCAGAACAGGAGCGCCCACGAAUCCUGCCUCCAGACCAGCGCCCCCCAGAACCCCCUGAGCCACCCCCCCCUUCUGAAGAAGAUCUGGAUUAUCGGACAGAAAACCAGCAUGUGCCCACGCCCAGUUCUUCAUUGACUGACCCUCACGCUGGAGUGAAGGCUGCUCUGUUGCAGCUCCUUGCUCAACAUCAGACCCAGGACGACCCCAAACUGGACACGAGCAUGGAUUAUCAGGCAGGCGACACCUACGUUCCGAGUUCGGACUACAAGGAUAAUUUUGCAUCCUCUUCUUUCUCUUAUGUUAAUGAUGGUUUAGGAAGUGGAUCUGUUCCGGCCCUAGAAAGACGAAGCUUCAUCGGAAACUCCGACAGACAGUCUUUGGAGACCUACAGCGCGGCUUCAUCUCGUUCUGGGGGCCCGCCUCCGCCGCCUGCCUUUUCAGAAUCCUUCUCCAGCUCCGUCGCUGGGUAUGGAGACAUUUACCUCAACACUGGUUCCAUGUUGUUUAGUGGAGAUAAGGACCAUAGAUUUGAGUAUAGUCACGGCCCAAUCGCAGUUCUGGCCAAUAGCAGUGACCCUGCCACGGGGCCUGAGAGCACUCACUCUUUGCCCGCCAAGAUGCACAGCUACAACUAUGGGGGCAGUUUGCAGGAAAGCCCAGUGGGCCCUAGCCUUCUGCACGGACAGACUUGGCCUUCCCCUGCCCAGGGCCCUGGCUAUUCCCAAGGAUACAGGGGACACAUUAGCACAUCAACAAGCAGAGGUCGAGGCAGAGGGUUGCCGUACUGAGUAUCUGUUUUUCCUCAGGCACAUCGUUUUUAUCUGGAAAGACUUUCCCUAGCUGCAGUUUCAGGCAGCAGUCCAACAGACUUGAAUAAUGUUAAUUCAACAACAGCUUUAUUUUUUAUGUGGAAGAGGGUCUUGCAUACAAUAGUUAAAAAAAAAAAACAAAAAAAAAACCUCACACACAGAAAACCCACCUUGGCUUAAAUUCAUGCUGUUCUGAAAACUAGAUCUCCUGACUGUACAUCUUCAGAUUCUAGUUAGCAAUUUUAUUUUGUAUUUUCGCAGGUAUUAGUGUAUGCUAAACUUGGGGACACGAGCAUUUUAUGACCCUAUUGCAGAUCUUCUGAACUAUGCACAUUUGUGCUUUUUUUUGUAAGUUUGGACCAACUUUUAUGUAAAAAAAAAAAAAAAAGUUUGCCAAGAAUCAGAAAGGGCACUGAUUUAUCGGGUAUUUUUCUUUUUACAAAGCUACCUUCAGCCCAAGGUCACUGUCAGUCUUUGCACCUGCUUUCAGUGUGAUUGUGAAAGGUGUACUUUGUGCUCAUUUCAGAAAAUAAAACACAACCUUUCUCUUGAUGCAA